AUGGUUGAAUACCACUUGGAAGAACAUGAGUGGUUAGGUUAUAUGUACAAGAUAAGGAACAAGUGGAUUCCGGCGUAUUUCAGAGAUGUGUUUCUUAGAGGAAUAAUGGAUACAACAUCAAGAUCCGAAAGUGAAAACAACUUUUUCUGCUCCUUUAUCAACCCUCAUGUGUCACUUGUUGUGUUUUACUUGAGAUAUGAAGCUGCAAUUGAUGCCCAGAGACACACUCAAGGUCAGAAUGAUAAUGAUUCAAAGCACAAAUAUCCCGAGUGCAAAACACCACUAGGGAUAGAAAAACAUGCCUCACAUUUAUAUACUAACUCUAUCUUUUAUGAAUUUCAAUAUGAGGUUGAAAUUGCUUGCUUUUCAUGUGGUGUUGAUGAAUUGAAGAAAGAAAAUGGAUUGGAAGUUGCAAAAGUAAGUGAAGGAAAUCGGAUUAGAACAUUUGAUGUUGUGUUUAAUCCAACUAACUAUGACACCACAUGUUCUUGCAAGCUAUUUUAUAGACAAGGAAUUCCAUGUAGACAUAUGAUUUGGGUUUGGAAAGCAAAAAGGUUUGAAACCAUUCCUGAGCAGUAUAUGCUACACAGUUGGACUACUAUGGCAUUGAAAAAACCAAUUUUUGACUUGGGUGGAAACCUGUUGGAGCAAUGUGCUAAUUUAAUUGACAAGAAAAAAUUGUUAAAUGAUUUAUGGUCAGAGAUACACACUUGUGUAAGUUUGGCAGAAGGCAAAGAUGAAGAUAUUCAAGAUCUUGUGAUAAAUCUUCAAGGAAUAAGAAAGGAUUUGGAGGCUAAGAGGAUUGCAAGAAAUAAUGAAACAACAGCUGGAAGUGCAAACAACAAAGGAAAAGACAUUGAGCUAUUGAUUGGAGCUAGUGUACCAACUGAAAUAAUUGUCAAACCUUCAAAAAUUUCAAAGAAUAAAGGGACUGGAGUUCAUGUAUCAAAUGAAGAGACUUCAAAAAAGAAAGGGGAUGAGAUUGAUGUGCCAAAUAUUGAAACAAAAGGUAGAAGUGCAAAAAGGCUGAAGGGAGAAAAAGAAAAGGUUGGUGAUGUGGUGCUUGUACAGGAGGAUAACUUUAUACAGAAUGAAUUUAGAAUAGUUGGACUGGAAACCUUGGGGAGUAGGGAUGGGGCAGGGGGCUCUAGGCCUUCUGGGGCUAUGUAA